AUCCCAGUCCUCAAUAAUUAUUUAAAAUAAUCUUCAAUGUAAUACAUAAGAUAAUUAUAGCUAAAUAUAUGAAACACGAAACAUGAACAUACUGAGGCGACCCUAGGGCGCAGGGGUGACAGAGAGCUGCAUCUCUUGGAUUUCCUCCCGGGUCUUUUGGGGGCUAUAAAUGUGUUGGCGGGAUCCUUACAAUCAAUUGUGAUUGUGAAGAAAAUUUGAUUUGUGAAACUUAUAAAUGAUCUGACCUGUGCUUUCAUUUAUUUAGUUUUUUAUUAUUUUUUAAUCCUUUUUUUCCUGAGAACUGUGCAUUUGGAUCUUCUCUGUAUAUAUACAUAUAUAUACAGUACCUCGUUACAACACCAGUCUGUUUCUCUUAGUUAAUAAUUACACAGUACAACACUGUUUUUUUUGGAACAGGUUCCCAGCCUCUUUACUAUAGGACUUAUAAAGCUGAGGACUGGAGGAUCUGCUUCCUUUGAUGCUCAUUUUUAACCAGGCUUAUUACUCUGCCAUAGAAUUACACACAAUUGUAUUUUUAAGGCGAGGCAAGUAAACAAGAAGAUUUUUAAAAUACUGUUUGAGUAAACAAAACUUUUACACUAUUAAUCAGACUGAACACUGUGAAGACUCAGUUAUCAUAAAUCAGUGAUCAGAUGGAGACCCAACAAAGUGCUGUGGGUUUAGACUGGAUCAAUGGCAGCAGUGUUUUAGUGUUUCUGUGUGUUUUUCUGCUGUUGGCUGAUCUUUGGAAGAACAGAGCCCCAAAAAACUUCCCUCCAGGUCCGUGGUCCCUGCCUGUAAUUGGAGACCUUCAUCGCAUCAUAUUUGGCAACAUUCAUCUGCAGCUCACUGAGCUUGCAGAGAAAUAUGGAAAUGUUUUCAGCCUUCGUCUUUUUGGUGGAAGAGUUGUGGUCGUUUAUGGAUACAAGCUGGUGAGAGAAUCACUGGUUGAAAAUGGAGAGGACUACACUGAUCGACCCAUCAAACCGGCGUUUGAAGAAUUGAUUCAGAAAGCUGGUACUGGUCUUGUGAGGGCAAAUGGUUCCCCCUGGAGACACCAGAGGAGGUUUGCUCUUCACACUCUCAGGAACUUUGGUUUGGGUAAGAAGACUCUGGAGCUGUGCAUCCAGCAGGAGUGUCACUAUCUCACUGAGGCUCUAGCACUUCACCAAGGAAAGCCUUUCAACGCCAAGUCACUGAUAAACAAUGCUGUGUCCAACAUCAUCUGCUGCCUGGUGUUUGGGGAGCGAUAUGAAUACAGUGACAAGCAGUACCAGCGCAUUCUUCAUUGUUUUAAUAAGAUAGUCCACCUGCAGGGAAGUGUGGGAAUACAGAUAGCCAACACAUUACCAAGGCUGAUGAAGUGGCUGCCUGGACCUCACAAGACGGUCGUCGCUCUGCUACAGGAGAUAAUUGCCUUCAUAAAGAUCAAGAUCAACGAACACAAAGAAACCCUGGACCCCUCCUCACCCAGAGACUACAUCGAUUCCUUCCUCAUAGAAAUGGGAGAGGAUCACAAGGAUUCUAGUUUUGAUUUAAACAAGUUGUGCUUUUGCACACUGGACCUGUUUGGUGCUGGAACUGAAACUACCACCACUACUUUACACUGGGGACUGUUGUACAUGAUCUACUACCCUCACAUACAAGAGCGAGUCCAGGCUGAGAUAGAUGCUGUGGUUGGUUCCUCCAGACAACCUUCUGCGUCUGACAGAGACAACAUGCCCUACACUAAUGCUGUCAUCCAUGAGAUCCAAAGAAUGAGCGACAUCUUCCCCCUCAAUGUGCCUCGCAGGACAAGCAAAGACACUGUCCUCGACAGGUUCACAAUCCCAAAGGGCACAAUAGUUCUGGCAACACUAAACUCUGUUCUUAAUGAUGAGUCCAUGUGGGAAACUCCACACUCCUUCAAUCCUCAUCACUUUUUGGAACCUAAUGGCAAAUUCAGAAAAAGAGACGCCUUCAUUCCCUUCUCAGCGGGUAAGCGUGUGUGUCUCGGGGAACAACUAGCCAGGAUGGAGCUGUUCCUCUUCUUCACCUCCCUCCUUCAGAGGUUUUCCUUCUCACCAGCUCCUGGAGAGCAGCCCAGUCUGGAGUUCAUCCUUGGAGCUACUCGCUGCCCCAAACCGUACCGCCUCUGUGCUGUACCACGAUGAACUGUCCUAAACUAAA